UUUCCAGUUAACGGACUGGGUGCUGUGACCGCGCGUCCAUCGUUCCUUGUCUCGCUUUCGACGGCAUGCGACGGUGCUUGUGCUCGUGGGCCCGGGGCCUCGGGGCCACAAGGCUGCCUCUGCUGCUUCUGCUUCUGGGGCUCUUGCCCGGGGCCGCGCAGGAAACUGGCUGUGCAUAUCCAGGCCCACUGACAAAUGGUGUAGUCCAAGAAGAACAGACACAUUACAAGAUUGGCUCAGAAAUUACAUAUUCUUGUAAUCUAGGAUUCAGAUUAGUUGGAGAAAGUGCUAGUGAAUGUGUAUACGUAAAAGGAGAGGCUGGAUGGAGCAAUUCACUUCCCAGGUGUGAGCCUGUAAAGUGUAAAGAUAUAAUAACCGGAGGUGGAACGAAGGUUAGUGCAUCAGGACCAAGGAACUAUGGCAAGACUCUUACAUUUGAAUGCAGACCUGGCUACGUCAUGAAGGGAAGUAACAUUAGUCGAUGUGAUGAGAAUGGUGACUGGAAGCCUAAGUUCCCUACUUGUGAAAAAAAUACUAGCUGUGCAUAUCCAGGCCCACUGACAAAUGGUGUAGUCCAAGAAGAACAGACACAUUACAAGAUUGGCUCGGAAGUUACAUAUUCUUGUAAUCUAGGAUUCAGAUUAGUUGGAGAAAGUGCUAGUGAAUGUGUAUACGUAAAAGGAGAGGCUGGAUGGAGCAAUUCACUUCCCAGGUGUGAGCCUGUAAAGUGUAAAGAUAUAAUAACCGGAGGUGGAACGAAGGUUAGUGCAUCAGGACCAAGGAACUAUGGCAAGACUCUUACAUUUGAAUGCAGACCUGGCUACGUCAUGAAGGGAAGUAACAUUAGUCGAUGUGAUGAGAAUGGUGACUGGAAGCCUAAGUUCCCUACUUGUGAAAAAAAUAUUAGCUGUGCAUAUCCAGGCCCACUGACAAAUGGUGUAGUCCAAGAAGAACAGACAAACUACAAGAUUGGCUCGGAAGUUACAUAUUCUUGUAAUCCAGGGUUUAGAUUAGUUGGAGACAGUUCUAGUGUGUGUGUAUCUCAAGGACGUGAGGUUAAAUGGAGUACUCCACUUCCUAGCUGUGAACGAACGGUAAAGUGUGAAAAUCCAGAAGUCACUCACGGAAUAAUGUUAACUGGAUUAGGAGCAUUGCAUACAUAUGGCAACACUGUUACAUUUGAAUGCAAAAUAGGGUACUAUAUGGUUGGAAGUUACAUUAAUCGAUGUGACGAGAAUGGUAGCUGGUACCCUAAGUUACCAACUUGUGAAAAAAUUGGUCCACAAGUAUGCGGUGCUCCAUUCAUUGUAAAUGGAACAAUACAGUUAUUGUUCCCAACAUACGCGAUGGGAAUGAGUAUCACAAUAACCUGCAAUGUGGACAAUUCUUUCCCUGAUGACACAGUGGAAAUGACUACGGAAUGCCAAGGCUACAAUGUGUGGAAUCCUCCCGUGAGACCUUGUUUGUCUAGGACAUCACCAGACAUAUCUCCACUGAAAAUCCAAAAUGGUGCCAUCAUAGAGGGAAAGAAACAACAUUAUGAGCCUGGAGAUAGUGUUGUUGUGUCAUGUAAUGCCGGCUAUACAUUAAUAGGACCAUCUAACAUACGUUACAUUGGCGGGAAAAAGUGGACACCUUAUAUGCCAACCUGUUCUCUGAACUUUCUCCUUGUGAUGCUGAUAAUUGUAUUUUUACUCAUGCUUUUUUGGCUACUGGCAGAUUUGAGUUACAGGAGAUACUGUAAACAAAAAGCAAAGGAAAAUGUGGGGCCACCUGUUGAAGUUAUAUCAAUGCCUCCUGAAGUAAUGCCAAAUCGAAUUGAAAACGAGGAGCUGAUUAUCGAAGAUUUAUCAGAUGGGGACUAAUACUGGCCUCAAGAGUCUCCUUCUGUUUUAAGAAAGGGACUCUUCUGAUUCGAGGAAGAUUAUCAGUAAUGCCCAAUGAACUUAUUCCAUGCCCUCAUAUCAAGAAAUUAUGUGUAUCCACAACUAUGAUGUGAGUAGUUAAGUGCUGCUGGGACAAUGGUGCCAUUUUUUACAGUCACUUUCAUUUUACUUUGUGGCUUCUCCGCUGUCAAGUCUUCAGUGUUUGAGAAAGGAAACUUGCAAUCUCUUAUAAUUCUAAAUGUUCAAAUGAGUAUUCCUUAUAGUUUUACUGAUUUGCAUUUAGCCAUAUUUUUCUCUAAUUUUAAUUAUUUUUAAAAUCUAACAUUUAAAAAUACUGUCUAAAAUAAAAAAAUACAAAAAUAUUUUAUAGGUCCAAAUGUUAGUAUAUUAUACAUGUUCAAACAUUACUAUUUGUUAUGGUUUUGCAGAUUUGCACUCAGCCAUCCUUUUUGGGGGUAAUUUUUAAAAUUUAAAAAUAUAAGUUAAAUCCAAAAUAAAAAAAUAAAACAGAUAAAAAUACACAAAAUAAAAACUACAAAAAAAUUAAAUAUUUAAAUAUUAGUAUAUUCCACAUGUCUAAACAUGGUUAUUCCUUAUGGUUUUGCUAAUUGGCACUCAGCCAUACUUUUUUUUUUGGAUAAUCUUUAAAUUAAAUUUUAAAAAGGGCAACUUAAAUCCAACAAACUAAAAAUAAAAAAAUGAUAAAACACAGAAACUAAAAUUUAAAAAAAUACAAAAAUACAAAAUACAAAAAAAGACAUGUUUAAAAGUUAUGUGUCCAAACAUGGUUAUCCCUUAUGGUUUUGUGAAUUGGUACUCAGCCAAUUUUUUUUUUUUGGGGGGGGGGUAGUAUUUUAAACUAUAUUUUUAAAGAUGCAACUUAAAUCCACGAACAUUUAAUUUCACUUUGUGGCUUCUUUGCUUUAAAGUCUUCAGUGUUACGAGGAAGGAAAUUAUAUUUUACAUUUAGUUAACCUAGUUUAUUUAACAUUUAGUUAGUCACUUAUAAUUCCACAUGUCCAAACAUUACUAUUCUAGAUAGUGUUGCUGAUUUCAACUCAACCAGAUUUUUUCAUAAUCUUUAAAUUAAAAUAUAAAAAACACAAAAACUACCAAAAAAUCAAAAACCAAAAAACCCCCAACAAAAUCUCAAUGUCUAAAUGCUAGUAUAUUCUAUAUGUCCAAACAUGACUAUUUCUUAUGGUUUUGCUGACUGGCACUCAGCCAUACUUCCCCUCCCCCCCAAAUUUAUAUUUUUUAAAUGAAAAUUAAUUCCAUUUAACACAAAUAAAAAAUAUAAAAUAAAAUGUAAAAAUAAUCUACAUGUCUAGACAUUACUAUAAUUGUACAUGUCCAAACAUGGCUGUUCCUUAUGGUUUUGCUGACUGUCAAUCAGACAUAUUUUUUCACAAUUCUUUUAACUAAAUUUCCAAAAGUGCAACUGAAAUCCAAUACAUUGUUUAUUGUUUUGUUUUAAUUUGUUAGUUUUGCCUCAGAUGUACUUUCAAGAUUUCUUUUAAUUUUGAAAGAUUACAAAAGGAUAAAACUUGGCAUAUGAGAUUGGUGCAUUUUGUCUCUGAAAACUCAGUAGAGAAGACAAAUUGUAUAUAUAUGGCUGAAUAUAAUUUGUACUUAUCAAAGACUUACAGAUUGGAACUGUAAUGUUUGUUGCUUUGUAGGAAAUAAAAUGUCAUGCAUGUUUUAACUUUAAA